AUGUUCAAAUUUGCUCCUUUGGGUCCACAGAUCUCAGUUUACGAGGGAAAUGCGCAUGAUUCAUAUGUAAAUGAGGAGGAAAUGGAUUGGGACGAUGAUCUGGUUGGGAACAAGACGGGCAUCGUCGCACCAGGACAGACAAUCACGUCUGUCACAGAGUUUAUGAGGGGCCAUGGAACGUUUGCAGACGGAGACGAAGUUGCCGCCACCGUUGCCGGAACGCUGCAGCGAGUAAAUAAGCUUCUCUCUGUAAAACCCAUUCGAUCACGAUACGUUCCAGAAAUCGGAGAUCUAGUCGUCGCGCGGAUUGUCGAGGUACAACCCAAACGAUGGAAAGUCGAUGCCAAUGGACGACAGGACGCCGUCCUGAUGCUUUCCUCUGUCAAUCUCCCUGGUGGGAUUCAGAGACGGAAAUUAGAGAGCGACGAGUUACAAAUGAGGGCAUUCUUUGAAGAGGGAGACUUGCUCGUCGCUGAAGUUCAGGCAUUCUUUAUGGACGGCGCCAUGUCGUUGCAUACACGAUCACUUAGAUAUGGAAAGCUGCGAAACGGUCAACUAGUCACGGUCCCACCUAUCCUGAUCAAGCGCCUAAAGUCACAUUUUUGUGCACUUACAUGUGGCGUGGAUGUCAUUUUAGGGGUGAACGGAUACGUUUGGGUAUGCAAGCAUGUCAAAGAGAACGAGCAAGUGGGCGAAGAUGGGUUCAAUGCAGAGUCAGUCUACUCGAAUAAGAAUGAUUACAUUGACACCUCGACGCGGCUGGCGAUCAUUCGUGUUACCAAUGUGGUCAAAGUGCUUGCACAGUAUUACGUCUCCAUCACUGAUGUAACAAUCAAUCACGCAUACGACUGGGUGGUGGAAACAGGGCACGAGCCGACUGAUCUUCUGCAUGAGGAUGUAGCAGAGGCGUUGAUACAAGCAAUAACAAUAUCAUAA